ACCCACUCUCAUUCGCCGGUAUCCUUUGAAUCGAUCCCUCGACUCUCUUUCUCUUUCGCAGCCGCAGACUCGUAAGAACCCUAAUUCACCUUUCACUUUCUCCGGCGAUCUUUCCUCAAACCAUGGCGGCGAAUACUGUUCCUGUGAAGAUGUUUUGGAACGCAGAGUUCAUGCCAUCGACUGCGACAGACGAAGGGCUCGUUCCCAAGCUGAACGCGGCGCUGAAGAGACAGGAUGAGAGGUAUUUCCUCAAUGAGAUCUUCGUCUGCGCCAGCGAAAAUUCGCGUCAAGCUUGACGCGAAGAGAAGAGGCAAGAUUGCUACACCAGAGUGUCCCAUGACCUUCAUGGAAGUUCCAGUAAUCAAUGCGAGGAGGAGUCCCGAUCAGUCAAGUUCUGAAGCUGCGGACUUGAGAGUGGCCGCAGAGGUUUGGUUUCACGCUAUUGGCCAAAGAGGUUCGGUGAUGUUAGUCGUAGCCUCUGGUGACCUUUUUUCGUCAACCAAUGAUCUAGCAAGUGAAGGCUACACCAUCCUGUCAGCUGUUGAGGAUGAAGCUGCAACGGUGGGUAAUGCAUCGAGUGUCUGUUGGUUGUGGGAAGGGAUGCAGCAAGGGGCUGCUCCAUUAAGGACUCGUCAAAUGCCUAGCCGCGCUUAGCUUUUAGCUUAAUCUGCUGUAACCCUUUAGUCAGUGUUAGUGUUGUUUAUUUUUCUGAAUGUUGCCUCCAACUUUUUUAGAGUUGUGUGUUUGAAUCUUCAUUGAGACUAUCGAUCGAUCAGUUCUAAAUAAUUUGUUAUCUACUUGCUCUUGUUUGAUUGAUGAAAGCCUCAUCUUAUUUGAUUGAUCGUCUGCGCUAUGAGUUAUUAUUACUUGCCUACUUUUAGAUUAGUGUUUUGAGAUAGAAGCAUCAGGACAACAACAAAAUCCUCGUGAUGCUGUUCUCAUUCCUCGGCGCUGGAUUCUCAGGCAGGACACCAAUUCGGCUCCCAGUAUGUAGCUGCAUGAUUUUCUUGCGUCUCACUAAUGGCGCAAAGCUUCUGAUUAAGAAAUGGAUUGAGAAACUUCAAGACCAACCUCAGUCGAAAGCAAAUGAUCAGCCUGCUUUUAACUGGGCACUUAACAAAACAGCUCAUCAGAUCGCAGUCGCAGGUAUAAUAAAUCUCCUCCUUAGCGACCGAUCGACGCUCAGGAUCGACCAAACCCUAUUUCAUCCCACACCUUUUUCAUUUUCUACGAUCUUUCCCGAAACCAUGACCGAGAGCAUGAGGUCAACUGCGAAGGACGAGGAACUUGUAUCCAAGCUCAAUGCUGCUCUGAAGAAGCACGACAAGAAGUUCUUUCUGAGUGAAAUCCUAGUAUGCGCUAAAGAGGAUGAGAUCGACGCAAGGAGAAGAAGCAAGAUCGCGACGCCGGAAUGUCCAGUCACGUACAUCAAGCCCCCUGAUACUCAGCUGAUAUGCGAUGGAUGUCACGAUGAGUUCCGACCAAGCUUUGCUGCGGAUAAAGAAUUGUUGAUAAAAUUUCUGAGGCACGCUCAUGAACAUCCAGGUUCUGUUAUCUUAACCGUCGUAGCCUCUGAUAGUAGUUUUUCUUGGUCGAUUGGGGACUUGGUGAGUGAUGGCUUCACAGUACUGUCUGCGGUAAAGGAGAGAGCUUCAAGGGUAGCCUAUGCAUCUAGUGUAGUUUGGCUUUGGGAAGGGAUGCAACAAGAGGAUGCUCCAUUUGUGACUCGUCAGAUGCGUACGCGCACUUAGCUUUAGAGAAAAGUCGUUUGUUUGUUUGUUUGUUUGUUCUCAUCUCUCAAUGUUUGUGUCUUAACUUAGCUUAAAAUCUGUUUUAACCGUCAAUGUUUGUGUUGUAACUUCUAGAGUUGUGAAUCUUCAUGGAGUCUAGUCUAUUGAUCCAUCAAUUUCCAAAUAAUUUGUUUCUACUUCCUCUUAUUUGCCUCAGUAACCAAGAAUAAAAACAAAA